CCGUUGCAAAUUGACAAAAAGGAGUGUUACAAAUGUGCUGCUCCCGCGAGUUCACAUACCCCAAGUUGAAGUUAACCAACGGCGUCAAUCUGGUCUCAUAUUGCCUAGGAAAUUAGCUUGGUAUUCGAUCUUCGCCUUCUAUCCACGUGAACAUUCAUGCCGGUCUCGGCCACCGACAAAUAACCUAUGGAAUCGAUCUUUCAUCCUCGUGCGGGUUGUGAUGGUCUAUUAAUGCAACAGCAGUCAUCCCACCAUAUGUCAACACGGCUACCUUGUUAAUUUGAUUUAUGAAGAUAGAUCUUCUGGGUGUGAUCCUUUUCUUAAAAUUCUAGACCAAGCCGCUUCUGACUCGAUCCACGACACAGCAUCAAUCGCACAAGGAAGAUCGCAGGAAGUCCAGCAGCAUGACGAUCCGAUAGAAGCUUCUUCGUAAAAAUGAACAUCCAAAAGAAAGCUUUGCCCAAGACAAAAUAGACUUUACCGUCGUCGACUCUAGAGGUUCAAAAUUUACGGAAAAUUCACCGGCGUAUGAAAUUUAAGCUCUCAUCAUUCACCUACGCACCAAUCUCCGUAUGAGAACUCGGGAACAAUGUCUGCAUUAUCUCUUUUGUGGAGAGCCCCAGAAGUUAACCCAGUCAAUCACAAAGCCAGGUCCAUUCCUAUCUUCAAUGUUGCCAAUAAAUAUGGGCGGGUGUUCUUUUUUUCUUGGUUCGGAUUCUUCAUUGCCUUCUGGAGUUGGUAUGCUUUUCCGCCGCUCAUGACAGUGACCAUACGUGAGCAGCUGCAUAUGACCCCUGCAGACGUCGGCAACUCUAAUAUUGCAGCAUUGACUGGAACUCUUGUCGUUAGACUUAUUGCCGGCCCGGCCUGCGACCGAUGGGGCCCGCGGUGGACAUUUAUUGGCGUGCUCGCCACUGGAGCCAUACCGACGGCUCUAUCCGGUCUCGUACGUAGUGUCUCGGGUUUAAUUAUGAUUCGAUUUUUCGUGGGCAUCUUGGGUGGCACUUUUGUUCCUUGCCAGGUCUGGUCAACUACAUUCUUCGACAAAAAUGUUGUGGGGUCUGCAAAUGCGCUGAUAGGGGGCUGGGGAAACGCAGGCGGCGGUAUCACCUACUUUUUAAUGCCUUUAAUCUAUGAUUCGCUUCAUCAUAACAUGAGAUUGACGGCUUCACAAGCGUGGAGAGUUGCGUUUGUCGUUCCAUUCAUCUUAAUUACGGCGACUUCCCUAGGGAUGCUGCUUUUCUGCGAGGAUACGCCAACUGGAAAGUGGAGUGAACGACACGAUUCUGCAAUACGCUUACCGCCAGAUCACCAAUUUGAUGUAGAAUUUAUUCAGCCUGAACCGCUUACUAUGAACAUACCAAAUAUACCUGUGGGACAUAUCAACAACACCGAUGGCGCGCAAUCUAAGGCUCAAACAUUAAUCCGUUCACGCUCAGGAGGCGACGUGGAAAUAGUCUGUUUACCAAGUAGCUCUAUUCCAUCGGCUUCGAAAGAAGUUGACAUGGCUUCGGAAGUCAUGGUCGCCUCUUUCAAACACGAGAUCGUUGUUUCGCCUACCUUGAAAGAAACGUGUCAUGUCUUCUUUUCGUUGCAGACAGCAUUCCAUGCCUGUGCUUAUCUAGCAACGUUCGGGGGAGAGUUAACCAUCAACAGCUAUCUAGCGGCCUACUAUCUCCGCAACUUCCCACAACUUGGGCAGACAAAAGCUGGACAGUGGGCAUCUAUGUUCGGCUUACUCAACAUUUUUGCGCGUCCGCUUGGGGGCAUCGUAUCAGAUAUACUGUAUUCCCGAACCAAGUCGCUAUGGGCGAAAAAGGCAUGGAUCGUCUUUGUUGGAGCCGUGGCUGGUGUGCUUAACCUAGGUGUUGGGCUCACUGAUCCCCAUGAACAGUCUAAGAUGUUUGGACUCGUUGCCGCCAUGGCAUUCUUCCUUGAAGCGGGAAACGGCGCCAAUUUUGGCUUGCUUCCACACGUGCACCCUUAUGCUAACGGCAUCAUUAGCGGCAUCACUGGAGCGGCGGGUAACCUUGGGGGUGUUGUGUUUGCUAUCUUGUUUAGAUUUCACGGUACGAACUAUCAGAAAAGCUUCUGGAUUAUGGGGAUAAUAGUGGCGAGUCUGAACUUGGUUUUGGCAUGGGUCCAACCUAUUCCGAAGGGUCAAAUCGGCGGUAGAUGAGAUGGAACGAUUUGCAGUCACUUAACGAGGCUUGUAGUUACGGUGUCAAAAGAACAUUACACUCUAUAGCAAUUUGUUCUAAAAACUAGAUCCAACUAA